GGACCAGUGUUUUGAACCAUUUCUGCUCUCAGUUUUUUAUGGUCAGGGAAUUGAGGGGUGAAGAUGACAGCCUUAGUUCUGGACACACAGGAGAUGUACUGAAGGCAGAGCUUCCAAAUGGAGAUUUCCUUGACCAACUAGAAGUACACAGCGGGGACUGCAGAUGCGUCCCCUCUCCACAUCUCGUUUCAGCCCUCGCUGUCUGUCCUGAGAACCUCCGGGCGCUCACGUGUGUGCAACCUCAGUGUACUCAAGAGCUGGUCUCAAGGGACAACUCUGGUCAGUGAAGGAUGGGAGUGGAUACAAAUGCUGCCCUCUUCUCCAGGUCAGCUGAAGGGCCCAGGCUCUGCACCCCAGUGAGGAGGCUGUGGCAUCAGCUGGUUCCAGGUGAUUCAAGCUCUAGCCAGGAUGAUCGAGGUUGGCUGCAACGACCAUCUGGGGAAGAAGGUCUGCCUUAAAUGCAGGGCUGCUGACACCAGCAGGAAUCUCAAGAAGCCGAUCACAGCCCAACCUGGCACCCACUGGAACAAGCUCAUUCUGAAGAAGUGGUUCAUGAUUUUCAAGGACUGUGUGUCUCUGAGGGACUAUGGGAUCCAUGAUGGAAUGAACUUGGGAGUUUUAUUACCAGUUGGGCAGAAUUCUUCCUCCCUGCCCCUUCCUCUUCUCCCUCUUUCAACUCCCACACUAGUAUGAAUGUUUGUGUUGGAAAACUCAUGCUAAUAAAAACUUAGAGGCUGGACUUCCCUGGUGGU